AUGGCGAAGAGCCUCGAAGAGAACGGGCCGCGCGCGCCCGCAGCUGAGGGGAGCCUGUCGGGGACCCGGGAGAGCUUGGCCCCGGGCCCCGACGCCGCAGCCACCGACGAGCUUAGUUCUCUGGGCUCCGACUCAGAGACCAACGGCUUCGCCGAGCGCCGCAUCGACAAGUUCGGCUUCAUCGUGGGCUCGCAGGGCGCAGAAGGCGCGCUGGAGGAAGUCCCCCUGGAGGUGCUGAGGCAGAGGGAGUCCAAGUGGCUGGACAUGCUCAACAACUGGGACAAGUGGAUGGCCAAGAAGCACAAAAAGAUCCGACUGCGGUGCCAGAAGGGCAUCCCACCUUCUCUGCGGGGCCGUGCUUGGCAGUACCUGUCAGGAGGCAAGGUGAAGCUGCAGCAGAACCCUGGAAAGUUCGAUGAGCUGGACAUGUCCCCUGGGGACCCCAAGUGGCUGGAUGUGAUUGAGCGUGACCUGCACCGACAGUUCCCUUUCCACGAGAUGUUUGUGUCCCGGGGGGGCCACGGCCAGCAGGACCUUUUCCGGGUGCUGAAGGCCUACACGCUGUACCGACCCGAGGAGGGCUACUGCCAGGCCCAGGCGCCCAUCGCUGCCGUGCUGCUCAUGCACAUGCCUGCCGAGCAAGCCUUCUGGUGCCUGGUGCAGAUCUGUGAGAAGUACCUGCCUGGCUACUACAGUGAGAAGCUGGAGGCCAUCCAGCUGGACGGGGAGAUCCUCUUCUCGCUGCUGCAGAAGGUGUCUCCCGUGGCCCACAAGCACCUCAGCCAGCAGAAGAUCGACCCGCUGCUCUACAUGACCGAGUGGUUCAUGUGCGCCUUCUCGCGCACCUUGCCCUGGAGCUCCGUGCUGCGCGUCUGGGACAUGUUCUUCUGCGAAGGAGUCAAGAUCAUCUUCCGGGUGGGCCUGGUGCUGCUGAAGCACGCGCUGGGCUCCCCGGAGAAGGUCAAAAGCUGCCAAGGCCAGUACGAGACCAUCGAGCGACUGAGGAGCCUCAGCCCUAAGGUCAUGCAGGAGGCCUUCCUGGUGCAGGAGGUGGUGGAGCUGCCAGUGACGGAGCGCCAGAUCGAGCGCGAGCAUCUCAUUCAGCUGCGGCGCUGGCGGGAGACGCGGGGGGAGCUGCAGUGCCCGUCCCCGCCCAGGCUGCACGGCGCCAAGGCCAUCCUGGAGGCAGAGCCGGGCCCGCGGCCCAGCCUGCAGCCCUCACCGUCCAUCCGCCUGCCCCCGGACGCCCCCUUCUCUGGCUCCAAAGGCAAGCCCAAGACAUCCAAGCAGGUGCAGAAGGAGCCGCGGAAGCCAGGGAAGGAGAGUGGGCAGCAGGACCGGCCCCCUGCCCCAAGUCAAGCCAAGGUGGCGGCCGCCGCGGGAGAUGCAUCUCCACAGGAUGUGCCCCCAAAGGACCCAGCCCCCCAGGACCCCCGGGGCCCGGCUCCCCAGGACUCAGCCCACCACCGCUCCCGGGAGAGCCUGACAUCCCAGGAGAGUGAGGACACCUACUUGUAA